GUAUUACUGACUCACGGCGGUGCCUAUUUAUGAGAGUACGGUACCGGUAGGGUUGUACCUGUGCCUACUUAGUUACGUUGCCAGUACGUACGGUAGUCAGGUAGUGAUCAUUAAUGAGGUACCAGCAUUUUUCAGAUGUGUAUCGGUGCCGGUAGUACGACACCGUAGUUUAUUUGCUACAAUAGCAUACGGGUAAAAUAGGUACGAUGCUGAAUAUCCCCCUUCGAAUAUUUUUAAAUGAAUCCAAAUUUCAUUCAGUUUGCAGAUAGAUAAUAAUGCAUAUGCAUGUACUUUAACUUAUUUCAGUAUACGUUGUUUGUGUAAUUAUAAAGUUUGCCCCCAAGAUGUAAACUUGUGUAAUUGAUACCAUACCAGUCACUAUAUGCCUAUGUACUGCAUCUGCAUAUAAUGGUUGAAAAGUUGGAUAUUGAAGUAAAAUUGCUUCCUGGCCAUAGAGGUGAAGUGAACACAUGUUGCAUAUCUCCAAAUAGUGAUAUUGUUGUUACUGGUGGAGAUGAUGGCAAACUUUAUAUUUGGAAAGCUGAGACGUGCCUACUUUUGUGCUCCUUAUCUGGUCACUGUGGACCAGUAAACUGCUGUGCAUUUUCUACCUGCGGGAAACAAUUGGCAAGUGGUUCAUAUGAUUCCACUGGCCGUAUCUGGGACAUUGGAGUAUCUAAAAGUCUGUUUGUUCUGAAAGGUCAUUCAAAAAGUGUUGAAGGAAUAUGCUACUCAUUCGAUUCUAGCUUAAUUUCUACUGUUUCAUGGGAUAAGUCUGUCAUACUAUGGAAUAGUGAAUCCGGUCUCAAAAUUAAAGAGUUUUUGGGACAUACAGAUUGUGUUAGUAGCUGCGCAUUUUCACACACUGGAAUAACUCUGGCUACUGGAGGUUGGGAUAAUAUGGUUAUUUUAUGGAAUAUUAAAAAGAAGUCCAGGCUGCAGAAACAUAGACCUGGCCCAGACCCUGAGUAUACCGUUCUUGAGGGACACAGUGGAAAAGUAUCAUGUGUGUGUUUUUCAAGACUUGGAAUUUUGGCUUCUGCCUCCUGGGAUCGAUCUGUCAAACUUUGGAACGUACAGCGAAAACAGUUGAUUAUCACAUUUAAUGGGCACACUGGUUGGGUUAAAGCUCUUGCUUUCACCCUAGACUCUGUUAAUCUAGCAUCAACUGCAGAUGAUGGUUCAAUUCGAGUGUGGAAUCUACCUAAGCUUGAAUGUGUGAAACAGCUGAAGGGUGAAACUGAUAUUGCUGUGAUGUGCAAGUUCUUGUCAGAUGGGCGCUUAGUCAUUUCAGGAAUGGCAAAAGAAUCACAAAUAAAAAGUCAAGAGGUCGAGAAUAAUGAUGGUGAAAUGAAACAUAGAAAUGUGAAAGAAAUGUCUCUGCAGGUGUCAUUUGCAUGAAUAAAACGAAACGAUCAGCACUUUGUUACAUGUAUUUAUCACAAAUUAGGUAUGAAUUCUUUUUGAUGUUCCGUUCUAUGAUGAAAUACAAUAGCCUUAAAGCUUUUGCAGUCACACAUCACUCGAUUCACACAAAGCUUUAAUGACUUGUUCAGUAGUCAAUUUUAAUCAGGUCUAGCUGUCACAGAUAAAUACUAUAUAAAUGAAUCUACUGCAAUGCUCUUUCAUAUGCAUACCUCCAUUCUUUCUUAGUGCACUGUAUUUAUAUUACUUCGAUUUAUUAAUCAUUCCACUGUGGUCAAGGGCUUUUUAACGUUCAAACACUCCAAAUCAACAAGUACAAAUUUAAAUUACGGUACAUGAUUUUCUGAUGUAUACUAUUCAAUAGGUAUACGUUAUGCCAUCCAUAUUUAAUACAUGGAAUCUUCACCUCAACUGAUUUCCCUGUGGUCAAAUGUUUUUUACUGUGUAUGUUACAUGAAUUGUUUAUAGUAUUCAUAUUAUAUAGUAUUAUAGUACAAACCAAAUUUUAAAUAGAUAUUUUUGUUAAAAUUCCCAAGAAUUUAUGUGACAAAUUGAAUUUUUCUACUGUAAAAUCAUUAUAUCAUCUGAUUUCACAGAAGCCUAGGAAUAUAGAAUGGAAAUGCUUGAUUAUGGCUCAUUUCCCAGAAAUCAUGCCUUUUAUUUUUGUUGGUGAAUUAUUCUGGAAUAGCCUUAUUACUAACAUUUUGUCUUAAUAGAAAAAAAUUGAUUGAUACAUAGGUACGUAUAAAUUUUAUGUAACCAUAUUAAUUAUAUAGUACUACAAGUAUACUGUUAGCUUGCAUCUAUGUAUAAUCACAAUUUAGCUAGUACCAUAUGUUUAAAUAUUUCAUUUUAAAAGCCUAAUCCCAUUAUAAUACAUGUUAGAGUUUGGAAA